AUGUCGGUAUGGCCGGAAUUGAAGGAGGUCACUGGUACAAACAACGGAUUUUUUUUCCUCCAAUUCAAAUCAGUUGCUGCUUUGAAAGAUGUCAUUGAAGGAGGGCCGUGGCUAUUCCAGGGGCAGUUGAUUGUUCUUCAAAAAUGGGAACCAGGGAUGGUAUUAAGGAAACUUCAGCAUACACAGGUUCCUGUGUGGAUCAAACUACGUCACCUUCCAGUCGAGUUCUGGACAGAGGAAGGCCUUAGUACGGUGGCCAGUGGAGUAGGUAAACCACUUUACCCGGAUGCAAUUACGAGAGCAUGCACGAGACUGGACUUCGCUCGUGUAUGCGUAAUGUUGGAUGUGACCUCAAACUUACCAAAGCACAUUGUAAUUAUGAAUCUGGAUGAGGACGGAGGAGAAUCACCUUGUAAAGUAGACGUUGAGUACGAAUGGCUACCACAGAGGUGCAAAAGUUGUAUGACAUUGGGACACUCUGCUAAAGAUUGUGUUCUCAACAAACCAAAACCAGCUAAACCACCGAUCGCUGUAUAUGUACCCAAAGUGGGGACGCUGCAAGAAUCAACAAUGCCUGAACGGAGUCGGAAUCAUCCUAGGGAGGAUGAUGAUACUACUUAUAUACCAUCCCGGCCACCACAUAUGUCUGAUCGGAACAAGAGCAGACCACCACCAGCUCCAGUGGUAGAAAAGCAGAGAGAGGAACGUGAGUACACUAGAGAUACAACCGGCCCAAGUCGUGAGGAGAGGGGUAAGGCGCUUGUUAAAUAUAAUACUUUUGAUGCACUUCACCUACUGGAUGAUACAGAUGAGUCGACUCGGGGUCCUAAGCAUAGCAACCCCAUACCUAGUGAUCCAUUUGCUGAUACUGUCGCUUAUGGAGGUACUGAGGUGGCUGAUAGGAGAGAAUUAUGGAGUGCCCUGGAAAAUUUAGCUAUACAGUGUGCUGAUAUCCCAUGGUUGAUUGGAGGGAAUUUUAAUGCAGUUUGCGACCUCAACGAAGUAUGUGGCACAUCAAGGGAUAUCCGAAUAGCUAUGGAAGACUUUAAUGUAGCCAUUCAGAAUAAAGGAUUACUACCACUACCCAUGCAGGGAGAGUGGUACACAUGGCACAACCACAGUGCGACACAACGGAACCUCUGGAAAAGAUUGGACCGCAUGUCGGUAAAUGAUAGAUGGAUGGCACGGUUCCCUAACACAUUCUACUCGGUCCUUACACCACGCAUUUCCGACCACUCACGAUGGUACUAUAUGGGGACUGACAGCAGCAAUAUGGAGAUUAUGCUAAAACAACGAGCGAAGAUGCUGAAGGGAGGUGAUCAGUGCUCCCGAGUGUUCUUUCGGAAGAUUGCCCAACGAAGAUCAUCAAGGAGGAUCUUCCAGAUCAACGAGCAGAUUAUGCUAAAACAACGAGCGAAGAUGCUGAAGGGAGGUGAUCAGUGCUCCCGAGUGUUCUUUCGGAAGAUUGCCCAACGAAGAUCAUCAAGGAGGAUCUUCCAGAUCAACGAUGACCAGGGAUCCACUCACACUAAUCCAGAAGAAGUUAUUAAUGAGUUUGUCACAUAUUACAAAAACCUGCUAGGGGGAGACAGACGACGAACAGGUAUUGACAUUCGGUUUCUCAGACCGUGGGCUAGGCACAUUUUGAGUAAUGAGGAAUCUACCGCUUUACUGUUACCAUUCACACCAGCAGAUGUCAAACAGGCGGUUUUUGACAUUACUGAGGACAAGGCCUCAGGCCCGGACGGAUACUCAUCGGGCUUCUUCAAAGUAGCAUGGCCUAUAGUUGGACAUGAGGAACUCUUUAUGGGAGACAACCAGACUCGUCUACCUCCUAGAUGUGCUCUGAAAGUGGACAUCCGGAAGGUAUAUGACACUGUGGAUUGA